GGGACAUAAACCGGAAAAACUACCUGGAGGUUUGUUUUCCGCAGCACGUAGCUGGUCUCUGUUACAAACAAGGGUUUUAAUCCUUAACUGUUCGUUUCGUUUUUAAUCUUAUCGACAGAUUCGUUAGCAGAAAUGGGAGUCCCGGCGUUUUUCCGAUGGCUGAGCAGAAAGUACCCGUCCAUCAUCGUUCACUGUUUGGAGGAGAAGGGGAAAGAGUGUAAUGGAGUUCGUAUUCCUGUGGACACUACCAAGCCCAACCCCAAUGAGGUGGAAUUUGACAAUCUAUACUUGGACAUGAAUGGGAUCAUCCAUCCGUGCACACAUCCUGAAGACAAACCUGCUCCCAAAAACGAGGAUGAAAUGAUGGUUGCCAUCUUUGAAUACAUCGAUCGGCUGUUCAACAUCGUUCGUCCCAGGAGGGUUCUGUACAUGGCCAUAGAUGGAGUGGCUCCACGAGCCAAAAUGAACCAGCAGCGCUCUCGGCGGUUUCGUGCCUCAAAAGAAGGAGUGGAGCUGAUGGAGGAGAAGAGUCGUGUGAGGGAGGAGAUCAUCCAGAGAGGAGGUUUUCUUCCACCUGAGGACAUCAAAGAGCGGUUUGACAGCAACUGCAUCACUCCAGGAACAGAGUUCAUGGACAACCUGGCUCGGUGUUUACGAUACUACGUGGCUGACAGACUCAGCAACGACCCAGGAUGGAAGAACAUCGUUGUGUUCCUGUCAGACGCCAGUGUUCCAGGGGAAGGUGAACACAAGAUCAUGGAUUUUAUCAGGAGGCAGAGAGCUCAGCCCAACCACGACCCCAACACACACCACUGCCUGUGUGGAGCCGACGCUGACCUUAUCAUGCUGGGCCUGGCCACUCACGAACCCAACUUCACCAUCAUCAGGGAGGAGUUCAAGCCCAACAAACCUCGACCCUGUGCUCUCUGUGGACAGAUGGGUCACGAGCUUAAGGAAUGUGCAGGUGUGGCCAGAGAGAAGCAGGGAAAGAACGAUGAGUUUGCAGACUCAAUGCCAGCAGCUGAGCAGGAGUUCAUCUUUAUCCGACUGUGUGUCCUGAGGGAGUACCUGUCCAGAGAGCUGACCAUGGCCAGCCUCCCGUUUCCUUUUGACUUUGAGCGCAGUGUAGACGACUGGGUCUUCAUGUGCUUCUUUGUAGGCAACGACUUCCUGCCUCACCUUCCGUCUCUGGAGAUCAGGGAAGGGGCUAUAGACCGACUGGUCAACAUCUACAAAGAUGUUGUACAUAAAACAGGAGGAUACCUCACCCACAAUGGUUUUGUCAAUCUGGAACGAGUAGAGAUGAUCAUGCAGGCUGUGGGCGUCGCCGAGGACAACAUCUUCAAAAAACGCAAAGAAGACGAUGAAAAUUUCAAGAGGAGGAACAAAGAAAAACGGAAGCGGAUGAGAGCUGAGCAGCAGGGUCCGGCUUUCCUGACCACUGGGCAGUUUGCUCCUCAGGCCCUGGGGAGGCGAGAUCGACCAGAACCCGUCCAAAAUGCUCGACACCAGGCCUACGGCAUGAGGAUGCAUUCCAACAUGGAUGCUGCUCAGUCGCUGAAGGCCACCAUGAAGAACGGAGGCAACCCAUCUGCAAGCUUCAGUGACAGCAGAGGAGCCAAGAGGAAAGCUGAGGACAGCGACAGCGAGCCAGAGCCUGAAGACAACGUCAGGCUGUGGGAGGAGGGCUGGAAGCAGAGGUACUACAAGUCCAAGUUUGAUGUGGAUGCAACAGACGAAGGUUUUCGGACCAAGGUGGUUCAGUCCUAUGUGGAGGGUCUAUGCUGGGUGCUGCGCUAUUACUAUCAGGGCUGUGGCUCCUGGAAGUGGUACUUCCCAUUCCACUACGCUCCAUUUGCUUCAGACUUCAAAGACAUCAAUGGGAUGUUCACUGAUUUCGAGAAGGACACCAAACCAUUUAAACCUCUAGAGCAGCUGAUGAGUGUAUUUCCUGCAGCCAGUGGUAACUUCCUGCCACUAUCCUGGAGAAACCUGAUGAUCAGUGUGAAUUCGUCCAUUAUCGAUUUCUACCCGGACGACUUUGCUAUUGAUCUAAAUGGAAAGAAGUUUGCCUGGCAGGGUGUUGCCUUGUUGCCUUUUGUGGAUGAGCGUCGGCUGAGGGCAGCCCUGGCUGAUGUUUAUCCUGACCUCACACCUGAUGAAGAGAGAAGAAACAGUCUGGGAAGUGACGUGUUGUUCCUAGGAAAGCCUCACCCGCUGUUUGACUUCAUACACGAACUCUACCGUUCAGAAUCUCACCAGGUCUCUACAAUCCCUGCUGAGCUCUGCCAUGGAAUCCAGGGUUCAUUAAACCUCGAUGAAGACCCAAUUCUGCCAGAUAAGAUAGUGAAGUCUCCGAUCCCGACGCUGCGAGACAUUUCUCACUGCAGCGCCAUCAAUGUGAAGUUCAAGGAUCCUCAGUUUGCAGAAGGUUUUGUGUUCAAAGCUGUCCUGCUGUCUGGAGCCAAGAUUCCCAGUAAGGUGCUGAAACCAGGAGACUGGGAGAGAGGGAACAGGGAACCGUGGAGACCACAGCUGGGCUUCAACCCCAACAGACAACAGGCUCACCUGAACCAGUCAGCCUUCAGGGCUCUUGGUCACAGUCUGAACAGAAACCAGAAUGUGAGGGGGCAGUACAGCAACACACCACCCCCCAGCAGCUACCGCCAGGGAGGCUUCCGCCCCACACAGAGCUCAGCCCACCAACCUGUCAUGUAUUCCAGGCAGAGCACUACACCUGGAGCUCCGCCCUCCUUCAGCGGCCAUCAGCCUCCAUUUACAAGGCAGCAGCAGCCGUUCAGAGCGGGGGGGCCUGUCUGGGACCAGCAGAACCCGAACCGCGGAGGUUACCAGCAGCACUACGCGCAGUGGCCCAACCGGCGUGAGGAUCGCCGUGACAACCGGGAUCCGCAUCAGCAGGCCUUCUCCAGAAGCUACCCUCCCCCACCUCCAUCCAGGCGCUACAACUGGAACUAAACCGGGUCUUGUAGCAGAACCCAGAUGUUCUGAACUGGUUUCUGAGAGAAAAUUCUCCAAGUGGAUCAAUUUGAAUGAAACCAGUGAACUAAAAUUAUAAUUCGGGUUUAAGAGGUUUUUAUCAAACUUUAACUUUUAUUCAAUAGUAAAGAAAACAUUAGUUUAAUGUUACUGCUGAAACUCCAAUAAACAUUUUUCUGACAUUAAA